CAUUUAUGGACUCACAUUUUAAAGCAGAUUUUAUUAAGCAGGGUAGCCAAUUGUAGGGUAAAGAAUGUGGUAAUGUGUCCAGACACCCAUCAGCCUCAGCGAAGCAUUUCUCACCAAAAAAAGUGUUCUGACCCAGUGUAAAUUCUUAAAUAUCCCUGUGAUGAGGUUGCAGCAGUGAGAAGAAAACCCCAAACGUGUCAAAGUUGCCAGUGGUUUUGAGGUUUAAAAAAAUGAAAUCGUUCCUUUUCUUGCAUAUUCUUCGAAACUGAUCCUGAGAGGGAAAAGAGGUUCAUCGGGGAGUUCAGUUUGGUUUCAUUGAACGAAUCCAAAUGCCUACUUUGUGCCACUGAGCCGCGCCGGGAUGCGAAAGUGGAGCUCCCUGAUGUCAGAGAAGAAAAAGGAUGAAGACAGUGGGACCAGCACCUCGGUCAGUAAAGCAAGCAAAGAUGCUUCCUUUAAGCGGCAAAGCAAAGAUGGUGACUGGGCCUCUUUACGAAUGAUGAAAAAACCAAAGCAGAGCCAACUCACCCCUGUAACUGACUCUGAAGUGGCUUUGGUCAACGCCUCUCUGGAACAAAGACGAGCCAGGCGCCAUUCUCAAUUCAGCCGGGUGAAUCAGACCCAACGUGAUAGUGAUACUACCGAGUGUGACGGUGAAGAAUCUAACUCGGGAGCCUCUUCAUGGAAGGAGAGUGAAAGUGAACAUCACCCAUCACCAGCUAGUAUUCAGAAGAGGAAAAUAGCUCAGAGGCAAAGGAAUGCGGGAAGCUACCAAACCAGGGAAAGGCCCUGCCUCCACUGCAAAGCCAUGAGAACCAGUGAGUGGUUGACACGCCAUUUCCUUCAAAACACUUCAGGAACAACCCACACGAAGGCAGAUAUUCGAGAGGAAAAUCGUGUACCUGACAUUAGCACAAAGUACAGCAAAAUUUGAAUUUUAUCAAGUCCUUAUCUUACGCGAAGCCAAAUGAAAGAGAUGAAUAAAACACAAAAAAAAUCACCAGAGCUCUAGGUGAGGAGGCUUUUACAAGAGAGUCUCUCUACCAACAACAAAAACAUACUUGGAACCCAAGAGGUAAAAUUUCUGAUAAUCCCUUGUCCAAAAACAGGCCAGUGAAUUUGUUUAUGGCACCGUUACAACAUCAAAGAUCUGCAUCUCCUAUGGGUUUUUUUUAUUCAAAAGAGCAGAAGACAUAUUUUAUUCCUUGCGUAUUUGUAUUUUGUUUAUGUCUGUACUACAAAUAAGGAAGCUCUUUGAAAAUAUAUUUAUGUUCACAAACCA